CAGGACAGUUAUUCUGAGUGACGGCCCUUGCACGCGCUUCUGAGUGGUUAUCAUGGGCUUCAUUGCCUUUCUGAAGACCCAGUUCAUAGUUCACCUCCUCAUUGGGUUCGUCUUUGUUGUGAGCGGACUGAUCAUUAACUUCAUUCAACUAUGCACGCUAGUCCUCUGGCCCAUAAACAAGCAGUUUUAUCGCAGAGUAAACUGUCGCCUUGCCUAUUCACUUUGGAGCCAGUUGGUAAUGCUGCUGGAAUGGUGGUCAGGCACAGAGUGCACCUUGUUCUCAGAUGAAGCCACAGUGAACACCUUUGGGAAAGAACAUGUCAUCAUCAUCUUGAAUCACAACUUUGAAAUCGACUUCUUGUGCGGCUGGACUAUGACAGAGCGCUUCGGAGUGCUAGGGAGUUCCAAAGUUCUUGCUAAGAGAGAGUUACUAUAUGUGCCCCUAAUUGGCUGGACAUGGUACUUCCUUGAGAUUGUUUUCUGCAAAAGGAAAUGGGAAGAAGACAGAGAUACGGUUAUUGAAGGAUUAAAACGUUUGGCUGAUUAUCCUGAAUAUAUGUGGUUUCUCCUGUACUGUGAAGGAACUCGUUUUACAGAGACCAAGCAUCGGAUCAGUAUGGAGGUAGCUGAAUCCAAGGGGUUGCCCAAACUGAAAUACCACCUGUUGCCCAGAACCAAAGGUUUCACCACUGCUGUCCAGUGUCUCAGGGGAACAGUUUCAGCAGUGUAUGAUGUAACACUAAAUUUCAGAGGAAACAAGAACCCGUCUUUAUUAGGAAUUCUUUAUGGAAAGAAAUAUGAAGCAGAUAUGUGUGUAAGGAGAUUUCCUCUGGAAGAUAUCCCUCAAGAUGAAAAGGAAGCUGCAAACUGGCUUCACAAGCUUUACCAGGAAAAGGAUGCUUUGCAAGAGAUGUAUAAUCAGGAAGGCAUAUUUCCUGGCCAGCAGUUUAAACCACCUAGGAGACCAUGGACUCUCCUAAACUUUCUUUUUUGGGCCACAGUUCUUCUCUCUCCUCUUUUCACAUUUGGCUUUGGAGUUUUUGCAAGUGGAUCACCUCUCCUUAUCCUUGCAUUCCUGGGACUUGUUGGAGCAGCUUCCUUUGGAGUUCGUAGACUGAUAGGAGUAACUGAAAUAGAAAAAGGCUCCAGCUAUGGCAACCAAGAAUUCAAGAAAAAGGAAUAACUCACAGCUGCAGUUCAGCACAUAUAACCAGACUAUGGUAUCCGAUUAACUUCAGUUAAAAAACAACAACAAACACUUAGAAACUAUCUUUUUCUUAAUAACUGAUGACUAAUUAAUGAAUAAUACUUGAGCCAAGAAUGAAGAAGUUGGAGGCAUCAACUGAAGAGAACGCAUCAACUUUCUGCCUGUUUAAGGAUGACUGUAGUCAAACUAUGGGAGAAAAUCUAAGGUGGGGUGGGGUGGAAGAAGAAACUCAUUUUUCUUGCUUUGUCAGGGGACUUGGGGUUGGGAGGAGAAAAGAGGGCAUUGGCCGUGGCCACGCGCAUCUUCAGAUGACUGAAUACACUGGUUUCUGUCAAGAGCACUACACUCACUUUUAUAACAGGAGCCAUUGAAUGUUUCCUCUUGCUAAAGCCAACGUAAUGUUUGUUGAUUUCCAACUUUUUUUAUUAAUGAGCCAGGAAAAAAAAAACCCUUCUUAAAUUAAUUGACAGAUGUUCAUUGGGUUAAAGUCAUUUUGGAAAGGCUGUGCUAUCAUGGCUACAGAUGAAAUCCUAUUUGUAUGUUACACUGAUACUUUUUGUUUUCAGGCAAUGUCUUAAAACUUCUGUAAUGCGAGAGAAUGGAUGGAAGCAGUGCGUUAUUGAUCAGCACACACCAUAAACAGAUCCACUAGUAU